CAGAGUCCAACUCCAGGAUGAUAAAGGAAACGCUGACUCUCGUGGUUCUAGUGGCUCUGGCCGCCUUAGUCCACUCCGACUCCCAGUUUUAUCUUCCAAUCGACUGUGACGACAUCUUUCGCCAUGACAACAGGAGUUCCAGUGGGAUAUACACCAUUUAUCCGGGGGGUCCGACCACACCCCUGAAAGUCUACUGUGACAUGAACACUGAUGGGGGCAGAUGGACUGUAUUUCUCAGGAGGUUGGAUGGGAGUGAAAACUUCUUCAGACCCUGGAACAACUACAAAUCUGGAUUUGGAAACGUAGCUGGAGAAUAUUGGCUUGGUUUGGAGAAUAUUUUCUUGCUGAGUAUGAGGAAGAAGAAUGAGAUGAGGGUGGACAUGGAGGACUGGAGUGGAACGACAGCCUCUGCAAACUACGACUCCUUCUCCAUUGAUUCAGAGUUGUCGGGUUAUCAGCUUCACCUGGGCAGCUUCACCGGUGGAUCAGCAGGGGACGGUUUGACUAGUGCAAAAGACAUGAAGUUCACAACUUAUGACAAGGACCAGGACACAUGGGAUUAUAACUGUGCGCAGCAUUUUAUUGGAGGGUUCUGGUACGGUUCCUGCCAUGGUGCAAAUCCCACUGGCAUGUAUGCACCUAAUGGCGCAUUACCUUUUGAUAAUGUCCAAGCUCUCUGGUCCACGUUUAAGGCCCCAAACUACUCCCUGAAGAGGAUUAACAUGAAGAUCAGAUCAAUCUCUAAAUGUUACUGUAAUUAGUAAUUGUGAUACUUAAACUUACUCGGAUCAUACUCAUAUGUUAAUUGUGACACUCAAAAGCCAGUAUCUAAUGAGAAACACUGCACGGGGAAUCUGUCAAAUGGAUGAUGGAAAUCUGUGGGGAUAUUGGACCAUAUUUCAAAGUAAGACAGCAUACAACUAACAUUAAAAUUCAACUAUUAAUCAUUCAACAUUAUCAUUUGAGUGAUAUAUUUAUUGAGAUAUUAUAUAUAAACAUGUCUCCAUCAUUUUUCUAGAUUAUCCUUAAUCUAGUUAAACAAUUUUUAAAGAACUGAUGAUUGUGUGAUUGUAAUUGUACCUAAUUUUUUUAUUGUAAUUUGCUGAUGCACAAU